AUGCCCGGGAUACCAUUACGGGCCAUCGAUGCCAAAUUCAAUUCCAACAUAUUGGGUAGUGACGUGAGGUUCCAAGAAGUUAGAACUGCGGGAGUUCGUUCUGGUCCCUGGGAAAGUAACGCCACGAGAACACAACAGUGCGAAGCAAAAUCACAGCUACGAGGACGAGCCAAAAUGAAAAUCCUCCAGGCAUGCCAAGAUGUCAAAGAACUUGCGCAAGACGGUGGGUGGAUGCCGGCACUAAUGGGCCGUGGAAGUCUGUCUGUCUGUGCCCUACGGAUUCGUAACCCGCCGCCGACACCGAUUGCAACGCGAUAUGCUUCUCCCUGGUAUCAACGGGUCAUCGUCAACAAGGAAAAUUGUUUCGAUUGGCAAGCCAAACUGAUUUCUUCAACAGUUGUGCGCCGUACACCUCGCGCUCUCGUGAUCAGGGGCUCGAAAGUCCAUAUAAGGUUAUGUGUUCGUUCUGCUUGUCACGAAAUCGUCCGAUCAGCUUGUUACCUGAUGCCAUUAGCUCGGAAGAAGGGUUUGCGUCGAUUGGGUUUUAAGGCAGGGGUAGCAUGCUCUGCUCAAGAGGCGUUGAUCGCCUGCCGCUUCGCCCUUAGCUCGGGCUCUGAACACGGAUGCGCCACAACUGACUAG